AUGAGCACAUCUAUCUACAACGGGCUAUCCCAGCUAAACACAUCCAUUCACAAUGGGCUGUCCCAGCUGAACACAUCUGUCAGCAACGGGCAGCUCCAGAAGUUCCUGCGCACAUCGAACCUCGAGAAAUUCGGUUCCUCGCCUGCCAAGAUGGCAACGUACCUGUUGAUUUUCGCGGUUGCGGUUGCCAGUCCCGCCGAGAACAUGCAUAAGGUGCCCCAUGGAAUCUUCACCGUCGCCGUUCUCGACUGGCAUAUUGUUGUCAAUUCUCCCGAAAUGACUCAAGUCAUACAAUCAAGGUCAAAGUAUAUGGGCUUGGGAUGGAUUGCAGUUCUCGUCAUGGCGAAUAUGGGCGGUCAGCCCAAGAAAGCCACCGAGCUUUUAUUCAAGGGUGUCGAUCAUGCCGACGUGGGGAAUGGCCUUGGCUUCGUUCACGAUUAUCAUAAAAUUGAAUUGAGGGCCAUGUCACUUGGAACUAGUCUAGACGCCAUGCAGGAAGACUUCGUCGCAGCAUCGGAUCCGUUCAUUGAGUCACUCAUGGCGUCCGUCAAGAGUGGUCAUGGAAAAGUGGAUCUUUGGGAGUGGCUGCGCAUGUCGAUCACAGACUCCGUGUCGCGAGGCGCCCGGGGUCCAAAGAGUCCAUACUGCAACAAUCCUAUCUUAUGGGAACAAUUCUGGACAUUCAACCGAAGUUACAAUUUUUUGAAGUACAACUUCCCUCGUAUCUUCGCCCGUCGUGGAGCCGAAGCGCGCGAGAAAGUUGUUGAUGCUUUUGUCGAGUAUGAUGAGAAUGGCGGGUUCGAGACCGCAAGCCGCCUCGCACGAGACCGCGCAAAAGUCUUCGAGAAGACUGGGCUGGACCGGCGCGAACUGGCUCGCAUGGCGGUGUCCCAAAGUGUUGGACAAUUCGAUAACUCGGCCACUGUUACCUUUGCCGUCCUAUCCUUCAUCCUUCACGACCCUGAACCCCUGGCACGCAUUCGAAGCGAACUUGAUGAACAUAUAACGAAGCACGACGAUCAAGGCCGAAGGUCUGUUGACACUCUACGAAUAGGCAAAGAUUGCCACCCCUCGAAGUACUGCGAUGGAUUGCCGUGGGCGUGA